CCAACCAUUUACACAUUUGCUCCGCGUGAAUAUUGCGAGAGUUAAGUUGCAUUUGCGGAACUGGUCGUUGUAUUUACACAAAAUAGGAUGGCGGAAAGCGAUCUUGAUCUUUCCAAAUCUUAUGGUACCCUGCGUCAUGAACCUCAGCAUUAUGUACCAUCAAAUCCAAUCCAUGAAAAUGACAUUGAAAGGUUAUUGUCUGUGGAAAGUGAAAGAAUGGAAGGGACAUGGUCACGGGUAAAAAGAACUAAAGAUGCUGAAGUUUGGAGAAGGGAAGCAAAUGAAGAGGGAUUUCCCCCAAUUACAAAGGCUGUAUUACAUCUAGAAGAUGUUCCAUUCAAGACAGCUGUGAAACUGAUGACGGAUUGGAAGUUGCGACAAGAGUGGGACAAAACUGCAUCAGUUGUGGAUGUCUUGGAUCGAAUAGGAAACUUUAAAGUGGUUUACAACCGUCUAAAGAUGCCUCUGUUUUGUACUAAGAGAGAUGUUGUACUUGCGUCAUUGGAGCGUUAUGAUUCAGACCAGCAUUGCUAUAUUCUAGCAUUGCGCAGUACAGAACACCCUCUUAUGCGCGAUUCAGUCAAGUCAACCUUUGUCAGGGCUGAGACUGUCCUUUCAGGUACAAUAAUCCGUCCAGUGGGUGAUGGUUCGACAUCUUCCACUGUCACGGUCAUUACACAGAUGAAACUUAUGGGUUCUGCUCCUCAAUUCAUCAAGAACAGUUACUUGGCCUCGAGCCCUUUGAAACGAAUGCAGUUGAUGAAGAAGUUCUAUCUGAAAUGCCAAACUGAUGCAGACUUGAAUUUGAGUUUGAGUGGCAGUGAGAAAGAUAUCAAGAUGAGCCCUUUUAUCAGCACUCGUAAGUCCAAAUCCUCAAUGGGAAGUAUUAAUGAUGCCACAGACGAUUAAUCAUACUAUCUAGAUUUAACUUUGAAAUUAAUGCCAACCUAGGCCAAGUAUUGGUAGUAUUAUUUAUUAUCUCAGCAGUUUAUUUUAAUGUUGCUGUCAGUGCAGGUAUCUUACUGUAAGAAGGUCUAGUUUCAAUUGGGAUGUAAAUGUAUCAUUAGUUUUUAAAUUAAAGUUGAAAAGAAGUACUUUGUAAUUAGGUUUAAAUUACAAUCUAGUGGAUAGAAAGUAGACUGAAUUGUAGGAAAGAAAAUAGAAGUCUCCAAACACAGAUGUAUAAAUUCUUCUGUUGAUGAACAGUCUUUUGUUCCACAAUGUUUCAUGAAUAUUUGAGUACUUAUUUGGUGAUUAAUAUUUUGAGAGUACUUGAUUAACUAGCAAAGGAAGCGUACAUGCUGGGGUAGUGUUACAGUAUAACAAAAAACUCACAGUGAGAGAUAGUUUUUUUUUUUUCCAGGAUUUGAAAUCCAUUCAUUUUAUUUACUUGCUUGCUUUCUUUUUUUCGUACCUCAUCACAUGACUUGUUCAAAACAAAAUUUGUGUGUUUUUCUGUUACAAUAUACUUUCUCGUUUUGUUUUGCUAUUUCCUUUUUCAGCUUAGUUUGGAAGUCAGUACUAAUAACGCUAAUGAGAGGGUACCUUUAAGCAGAAGAAAUUUUAGGUUGUGUCUGUUUUUAAUUAUUAAUUUUAUUGACCAAUCUCACCGUGGCGUUAGUAUGGACAUUUUAUUCAAAAAAUAGAUUAGAAAAUUUUAAUGGAACAAAUUGUCAUAUUGUGAUGGACAGGAGGUUUCAAGGUACAACCUUUAAAACUUUGUGUUUUCUUUUGUAACAAAAUCUUUUUACAUCGCAGCUUCUUUAUUGUGUGGUUGGGGUCAAGCGUUUCAAUGGAAAUCCUUAAUGAAGAUUUUAUACGUAAGCUUUCCCCUUACGAGUUACUUUUAGAUCUCUUCCGUUUUCGGAGAUAACAGGGGAGAUUAAAAGUAAAAGAGUAAAGUAUGUCGCGAAGUAUCCUCACGUGAACAUCACGUGAGACCAAAUACUUAAAUCAAAAAAUAAUUGCUCAUUCAGUCUCGUGUCUCGAUUAACACCUGCUGUUCGGGAAAUGAAACGCUGUUGUUUCCUUCCUUGGACGAUCAAAGAGCAGACUGGAGAAAAAAAAAAACACAUUUCGAGGUUA